GUUUCAGGCCACUUAGAAUCAAAACCGCAGCAGUGAAACGACUAACGAAAGACAAGCUCGUUUACGAGAGGGAACUGAGAGUACAAGAGGCGAAAUUAAAUAGGUUUCUAGCUGACGGUUCUGAUGACGCCGAAGUGCGACAUCAGAGAAAAAUACUUGAAGAGACUAAAUUUAUGGUACCGGACACUCAACGCAGACUUUUAGUUGCCUGCAAUGAACUCACCACCGUUUUAGGCAAUUUCACCGAAUUUCAAAACAUUCCUGAAUACCUGGAGGCCCAAAAAGCUUUGGCUGAUGCCAGAAGACAUCUGCCAAAGCAAGAAGAAUUACACCAUAUGUGCUAACUAACUUUAUAUUAUUAUUUUUUAUUUUUUGUCUUGUUAUAUACAAUGAAUAUUCCUUUAUACAAUGUUUAUGGUCAGUCACUGGCCCCAAUGGGUUCAGAAGGUUGUGGCUCUCACAAUGUCAGUGUCACUCCAGGAACAACAGUGGAUUACUCUUCUUACAAUUCUAUUAAUGCAGUCCAGGCUCAAGAAAAUUACUUCUCUUACAAUAAUGUUACUGUUACCACCAUGACAAAAGAAGAUUAUCUUCAGUAUACUAAUAUCAGUGCCCCUCCAGAAACGCAACAAGAUAUUCCAGUUUACAACAAUAUUCUGACAGGAGCUGAAAAUAUUGCAUAUUAUAGUGAUUACAAUUCUGCCACAACAGCAAAUUAUACUCCUUAUAAUUAUGAUGUCUUGGAAACUAGAAAUCAUUUCUCUUUCAGUAACUCAACUGAAACAGAUUUUCCACCUUAUGAUAAUUUUGAUUCCAGAUGUGUGUUACAUAAUGAAAAAGGAGAUUAUGUGUAUAAUUCUGAUGAAUUGAUAAUUGACUCGUGGUUAUCAAGUACUUUAAUUUCUCAUAAAAAACGGCCAAAAUAUUGUAAACGAAUAACCCUGCAUCAAGUAAAGGAGAUACUACAACAAUGUAUAAUCAUAUCAGAUAUUCUGAAGUUAGAAUCAAAUAAGCUUAGUGAACAAAUAUCAAGUAUAGAUGAGAAUACAUGGAGAAUGAAAAUUAAUAAAAUGAAACUGUUAACAAAAGAGCAUAAUUCUCUGAUAAGUGUGCUUAGGGACCCAAAUAUGAUGAGUUAUGUUAAAAGGCUAGUUGAUAAAACACGGAAAAAGAGAACAAACAUAAAAAAGAGAAAAAUAAGGAUGGCUGCAGAGAAACAAGAGGAGCAGAUACAAAGUAAAAUUCGGGAGAAAGAAAUUGACCAGUGGUUAGCAGGCAUGAAGGAAAAGGCUAAUAAGAUCAAGGAGGAGGAAAAAAAGAAAAGAGAUGCAGAUUGUGUAUUAAGUGAAGUUAUUAAAAAGAAAUUAGAAGCCAGAAAGCAAUUGUCUCUGAUUGCAGCUUUAAUUAAACUUAGGAAUGUCAGGACUAAUAAGGCACAGCAGGAAGGUACGAAGUUGUCAUUGGAGGACAAGCAAGCCUUUAACAUUACCACAGAAAAACUGAUAAAAAUUUGGGAAGAUUUGUUUAAAAAGUACAGCACUGAAGAACAAAGUUUGCGAUCAAUGUUGGAAAAGACUGCUUCAGAAGAUUCAAAAAGGGCACUUAUGAAAAAGCAUAAACAACAUUAUGAAGAAUGGAAAACAGCAUUAUUUGGGAAUACAAAAAUAGACCAAGAAGAUCAGAUUCUGUAUUGGUCUUUAACAGCUGCAGAAUGUAACAUGCAAACGUUUAUAGCCGUUCGUAGGAGUUGGGACACAUUUUUAGUUGAUGAUAGCAGUAAAAAAGGUUCUAAAAUACCAAUAGGUUGGGUAGUCCCUGACAAGGAACCAAAUGUUCUGUGGGCUAAGUUUCUAAACAAGUAAUCUAUUGUUUUACAUAUAUAUAUAUAUAUAUAUACAUAUAUCAAAUAUAUUAAUUAUACCGUU